AUGACAUGCACUGAAUGUACAUGUGCAGCUUUAACAGUUGGUGCAGUUGGAUGGAACUGUGUGACUAGUAAUAAUACAUGUCAAUUGAUAACCAAUUAUUCAGCGAGUGAUUUUCAUUGGGCAAAAAUCACUAAUGGAUCUUUUCGCUUUACAACUUUUCCACCCGAACCAUCAACAACAACAUCAAUGUUAACGUCAACGUCAACGACAUCAUCGUCAACAACGUCAACGUCAACGACAUCAUCGUCAACAACAUCAUCGUCGACAACAUCAACGUCAACAACAUCAUCGUCGACAACAUCAACGUCAACAACCACCACUGCUUUUACAUUUCAAUGGAAUUCUACAGGCAACACUGUAGCGGGUAGUGCGACAGGCAUACCGAACGCAACAGCAAGUCAACUGAGCGAACCUUAUAUAUUGAGAUUCGAUUCAUCAAAUGCUCUUUAUAUUUCUGAUACCAUCAAUAAUAGGAUUCAAAAAUGGAUCAUAGGCAGUUCAAAUGGUACAACAGUUGCAGGCCUAGCAAGCGGAGUAUCAGGUUCAUCAUCUAAUACUCUGAAGUUACCAGUCGGUUUUGUACUCGAUUCACUUGAUAAUAUGUACGUAUCAGACAAAGGUAAUAAUAGGAUUAUGUAUUGGCAAAGUGGUGCAUCAUCUGGUUCACUCAUUGCUGGAACAGGGUCUACUGGAAACGCGAAUAAUCAAUUCAAUGAGCCCAAUGUAAUUGAACGCGAUCCAAGCACAGGCACUUUGUAUAUUUCAGACGUUAAUAAUCAUAGGAUAAUGAGAUAUCUAUCAAAUGCUUCCUCAGGCACUGUCGUAGCUGGUGGAAAUGGAGCAGGAACUGGUUUAAAUCAAUUAUAUUCUCCAUACGGAUUUACUUUUGAUUCAUCCACAAAUAGUUUAAUAAUUGCCAAUUAUCAUAAUCAUAAUGUUGUUCAUUGGGUGAUAGGUGCAAGUAAUUGGACAAUUCUUGCUGGUAGUACUGUUGGAACAAGUGGCAGUUCAUCGAUACUACUAAAUCAGCCUGUAGGUGUAACAUUAGAUCGCUAUGGGAAUAUAUAUGUAGCGGAUUCAGCCAAUCAUCGCAUACAGUUUUAUCUCGCUGGUCAAUCUAAUGGCACAACUAUAGCCGGGCGCACUGGCUUGUCUGGUACGCUUCCUACUCUGCUUCAUACUCCUUAUUCCAUGAUACUGGACAGUCAAUUCAAUUUGUACGUUGCAGACACAUAUAAUAAUAGAGUACAAAAGUUCUCGUACUACUCAAUAACAUGA